AUGGUUCUCUACACUCUCGUUCUGUUGGCCCUGGCUGUCUUUGGUCUCGCAGACGCAGUCUCUGUGUCUUCUACAGACACUGACACUCCGAGUUGCACUCUCACUUUCACUGCUACUCAGCCUCCUCAGAUCGGUCCGACAACCACAAUCUACCAAGCGAUCAUGACAACCUUCCUCUACGCUGUGGAUUGCGACAUCUGCACUGUCACGAAUACUCCUAGUGCUCUGAUUCAGGGUCCUUUCGAAGUCAGAUCCACCAGUUCCAUGCUCACAAUCACUCAAGUUGAGUGCAUUCCCACGGGCAGAGCCAGCACCAGACUCCAUGAGUUUGCUCAUGGCAACAUGGCCGCAGCAGCUACCCAGACCGCGGCUUGGAACAUUAUGAAAGGCUUCGAGAGCUCGGACCUUUUCCGUCGUUCAGACGAGGCCACAGAAGCUUCCCUGGCCAAUUUGGCCAUGGACUUUGCCAGUGCCCUCCCUCCCGAUGUCGCUUUGCUCUCCGGUGGUUUAAGAGACGAGUUCACCAACAUUGCUUCUGCCAUGUUUGCCUUGAGUGUCUGUGAUUCUGGCCUGAAUCUGACUGCAGCUUGUGCCGGGCUGGGCACAGCUCAAACCAAGCUCGAAUUGUUACAGUCUUGGUACAACCCAGACAACAUCCAGUCAAUUGUCUGCUUCUGUUCCAUAUACGGCUACGACUUCGGCACCACCCGGCAGCAGCUUUACGCCAACCUCUAUGCUGCCCUGAUAGGCGUAUUAGCUGCCGCCGACGUCACUACCGAACGCGGUCAAAUCUGCGAUACUCUUGGUCUCUUCAAUCGGACUGGUGGCUCGUUGGGCAUCGACACCCAACUGUACCAUGAGCUUGUAUGCAGCAACAUCCCUUCUGCCACUCCGACGACACCAAUCUGGUAUGGACCGACACCGAUCAUUCCGUAUGUCACUAAUAACAUGACCACCUGGGGAACUCCGACCUCGUGGGCACCAAACAUGACAAUCACAGGAACGGGCAUUCCUGCUUCGUGGGCACCCAACAUGACAGUAUUGCCAGGGACUGGCACCCCUGAGUGGAACGGAACAGGCAACGGCAGUACCUGGGGACCACCACUCUCUUUCACUGGGACUAUCGGCAGUGACUGGUCGCUUACCAUCAAUACCCAAACCAAUUGGACUGAUUCUCAGCCUACUGGGACUGGUCCAGCAUCUGAGACUGGUGCUGCAGCAUCAAACGACAGCCUCAUUGCUGCACGCACACCAAGAGGUCGUAAUGCCAUGCCAUUCUAUCCCGCAGUCAGCACUCCGACACAGCGUCCGAGUCUCUUCAAGCGGUACUGA